CUCUCUAACUUCAAGCCCUCAAAUCGACCCACCUGAGGUCACAUGUCAGCAAGUGCCAUCAUACAGUAUGUUUCACUGGCAUACAGGGGUGGACUGACAACUCAUGGGGCCCCCGGGCAAUAGGGGAUCAUGGGGCCCCUGUGUCCUUGCCCAAACUCAAAAAAGCCUAUGAAAAAGGUACCAGGGGCAUCUCAUGGGGCCCCCCUACUGACCCCGGGCCCUCGGGCAGUGCCCGAGUUUCCAAAUGGUCAGUCCGCCCCUGCUGGCAUAUAAAAA